GAAUUCCAGCCGCAUGACGUCACCAGCUCGCCGAGCCGCCUGAAAGCCAGUCGUGUCCAACGGAGCGCUGAUUUCCACACAGGAUUUAUCGCCUUUCACUCAGUCUUCAUGCUCAGACAUGUGCGGUGAGAACUCUGCUUGUGUCAGGAACAGCACGUGAACUCCUGUUUGAAGACAUCCACCGUGUAAAUGGACGAACAAGAAGAUCCGUGUGACAGCGUGUGUGCUGGAUGCAGAGGCAGGAUUCAGGAUGCUUUUCAUGUCAAGCUGCACAAAGACUUCUGGCACAAUGCAUGUUUUCGGUGCUCUGAGUGCUGUGAUCUGCUGACCAACUGGUACUAUGAGCGGGAUGGAAAACUCUACUGCAGAAAACACUACUGGGAGAAAUUCGGCGAGCUGUGUCAUGGCUGCUCACUGCUAAUGACCGGACCAGCUAUGGUGGCCGGAGAGUACAAGUAUCAUCCCGAGUGCUUUGUGUGUCUGAGGUGUAAGGUGGUGCUCGAGGAACAGGAUACAUACGCUCUGGUGGAGCGCAUCAAACUGUACUGUGGCAAAUGCUAUAAGCAAGAGGUUUUGGCCCCGAUGCUGGAAAGGCGCUGUACGGCUGACUCGUCUCCCGAUACGCUGCCUCACACAGUCACUCUCGUGUCCAUGCCGGCGGCUGCUAACGGGAAACGAGGCUUCAGCGUUAGUGUGCUCCGGGACUGCAGCAGCACUACAGCCAGUGUGCACGUCAAAGAGGUACGUGGGAUGCUGAUCAGCCCAGAGGUUCGGAAUGCCAUCCAUGUCGGUGACCGUAUCCUGGAGAUCAACGGCCUUCCAGUAGGAACUCUGAUGGAGGAUGAGGUGGAGGAUCUCAUCCAUCGAACCAGUCAGACCCUGCAGUUGUUGAUCGAGUAUGACCCGGUCAGACAGAGACUGGACCGACUUCGUCUGGGCACGUCCAGCAUCCGCCUGGGCGUUCCUGCCUCGUCAAGGCUGCGUCUGUCCUCCCCGACCGAUGGAGUGAUCGAGAGGACAGCUAACGAUGAUGGGACACUGCAAAGGAGAUCUCUCAGGCGCAGUAACAGUAUCUGUAAGUCUCCGGGGCCCGGUUCUCCUAAGGAGCACCCGAUACUAGCCCGGGACAUCAGUCGCUCUGAAUCACUCCGAGCCUCCUCCAGCUGCUCACAUCGCAUUUUCCGACCGUGCGACCUCAUCCACGGAGAGGUGCUCGGCAAGGGCUUCUUCGGUCAGGCCAUCAAGGUCACCCAUAAGGCCACAGGAGAAGUCAUGGUCAUGAAAGAACUAAUCCGGUGUGAUGAAGAGACGCAGAAAACCUUCCUAAAAGAGGUCAAAGUGAUGAGGAGUUUAGAUCAUCCUAACGUCCUCAAGUUCAUCGGCGUGUUGUAUAAAGACAAGCGACUCAAUCUAAUCACAGAGUUCAUCGAGGGCGGAACCCUGAAGGACUUCAUUAGAGAUGUGGACCCAUUCCCAUGGAGGCAGAGGGUUAGCUUUGCCAAGGGCAUUGCUUCAGGAAUGUCAUAUCUGCACUCGAUGAGCAUCAUACACAGAGAUCUAAACUCACACAACUGCCUGGUAAAACUGGACAACACUGUGGUGGUGGCAGACUUCGGUCUGUCCCGUCUCGUCAUGGAGGACAAGGUGAAGCAGCCGCCUCCCGACAAGCCCAACAAGAAGCGGAUAUUGCGUCGCAUCGACCGCAAAAAGCGCUACACGGUGGUGGGCAACCCGUACUGGAUGGCUCCGGAGAUGCUGAACGGUAAACGCUACGACGAGAAGGUGGAUGUUUUCUCCUACGGCAUCCUGCUAUGCGAGAUCAUCGGGCAGGUGUACGCCGAUCCCGAGUGUCUGCCCCGCACACUGGACUUCGGGCUCAACGUGGGCAAGUUUACAGAGAAGUUUCUACCUGAAGACUGUCCUCCUGCUUUCUUCCCGUUAGCCGUGGCCUGCUGCGACCUCGUUCCUGACAACCGGCCGGCUUUCCAGAAGCUGGAGGACUGUUUCGAGGCCUUGGCUCUAAACCUGGAGCUUGGGAUCCCUCUUCCAGCAGAGCUCGAUGAGCUGCAGCAGAGACUUUCGAAGCCUAACGGGUCCAAGUGUGAAGAUCUGUCUCCGAAAUCCAGCUCGUCCCCGGAGCACUCCAGCCUGGAAAAAGACGACACGUAGCCAGAUGACGCAAAACUCGUAUAGUUGUGCCUGCAGACAGACUGCACGGGGUGCUGACUAAUCUGUUAUGACCUACACGGACAAGUUUACACAAACGGAUAUGCUGGAUUCUGUGCGCUUGGUGUGUUUCCAGUGCACUCACACUGGGGUGCUUGUGUUGAGUUAGAAUGUUAAGGGCAUUUUAGAGCUGAUGGAUCCAGGGAGGCACAUUUCAUGACUCAAGGAGGUUUUCUUUUUCACUUAAGGGUAAGGUUUUUUCCUUACAUUACAGAGUAAAUUUGGUAUAUUUGGACAUCUCUUUUCCUAUUUAUAUCUGAAGAGCUUGCGCUAAUCUGUAAAAAGAACCCAAAUGACAUGCAGCUGCUAGGAUCAGAAUAAAACUCACAAGGGUCUAAGUACGGCUUCUUUUCGUGUAUCUGUGAGCCUGCGUCGAACUUCCUUCAAUACAAUUCCCAGUAUCUUGUUGCUGGAGAGACUGAUAAUCAAUUGGAUGACUUUGUAACAUGUACAGCACAGGCUGUUUAAUUCAGGUUGUUACUCUAUAGUGAACUCAGCACUGGUGCUGAUUUAAAAGGCACCGUUCCAGGUUGUGAGGAUUACUGAACAUUGCUGCCCUCUGGUGGUUGAUUACAUUAUUGCGUAUAUUUCUCAGCAGGAAUAAAGACAAAAUGCCUGGACAAAAAACUGGAUCAACUGUUUAAAAAAAAAAAAAAAAGAAAAAAAAAUACUAAUUAUAUAUAUAUAUAUAUAUAUAUAAAAAUAAUAGAAAUGACUGCCAGUAACAGGUCUGUUUUAUUCCCCACUACAAAAAGGAGGCUUUAAUGAUUAGUGAGUCUUUGUCCUGGACAAGUGGUUACAGAUUUUUGUAAAAUUUUUUUUUUUUUUUUUUUUUUUUAAAGCAGCUGCAAGUUCAGUAGCAUUAAUGAUGUUUGUGUAAAAGCACAAAACAUAAAAAUAACUGGAUAUGAUUUUUGUAGUUUGAUGUGUCAGAAUUAUAUAGAAGUUGUAUUUGAACAGCGUGGGAUAACGUUGGUUUGCUGAUCGCUUGUUGUAGAAUGUAAAAAGUCCACUACUUUUCCUCUCGUGUUCUUUCAAAAAAAAAAAAAAAAAAAAAAAGGUACUUGAUGUGUGAA